AUCAAACAUAACCUUCCACAAAAUACGCACAUGGACGGUGUGGUUGAUAGAGGUUCGAAUAACUGGAAUCAGCGAGAAAGUUAUUUUUAAAAAUACUGUACUUGUUUUUAAGUGGAUUUUAUUUGUUACAUUAUUGCACUUUGAGCUUGCGUAUGAUUCAUCAUGGAAUCUGAGCCCAAGUCUCGAAUUGGAAACAAUCGACAUCUAACUGUGACAAACUAUGGAAAGCCGAGUUCACAUCAGAAUCAAAUACUACAGAAUCUGACAGAACCUCACAUUCAAUCAUUUAACUACAUGCUUGAGGAGGGUCUGAUGUUAGCAGUACAAAAUAUGCAGCCGAUUCAGUUUUCCAUUCCAUCAGGUGCUAGAGUGACCCUUUCAUUCCAGAGUGCUUCGAUAGGAACCCCUACUGUCGCUAAAGACAACAAGUUUGCCUCAACAUUGAAGGUUUUUCCAGCAGAAUGUCGUCAGCGAGGUAUAACCUACUCUGCCAAGAUACAAGGAUCUGUACAGUGGAUAUGUAGUGAUGGGAUGCAAGGAACAACAAACCACCCACUUGGCGAUAUACCUGUAAUGGUGAAGACAUUAAAAUCGUAA